AUGUCCCUGGCAUUGUUUACGAUUUGCCUAAUAUCCCGAAUGUAUGGAGUUGAGGCCGCGAAUGGGCAAUGCAAGCCUGUUGAAAGAUCAAUAUCUGGUAAAGCUCUCAAGGGUCACACAUUUAAAGAACUUGUGGUAAGAGCCCCCUUUGAAUGUCAAAAUACCUGUGAAAACGACCCCAGAUGUGCAAGCUACAACUACUUCAUUCCAGGAAGAGUGUGCGAACUGAACAGCAAAACCAAGGAAGCAAAACCUGACGAUUUUGUAACAGAUGAACAAAGAUUCUAUAUGAAAUGUGAAGGUAUGAUUAAUUGUCAUUUUCAGUGUAUUCAUUACUUAAAAGGAAAGAGCCAACGUUAACAAGGUGUAAUCAAAGCUGACAGUGACAAAAUUGCAAAAAAUUACGACUGAUUCCAUUGUCUUGUAAUUUCCAGAAGAUACUUGAACACAAAUGAAACCAGAGAAAAUAUAGACUGUUCAAAUACGAUCAGAAAGCCUCAAGACAUGUUAGAAGUUUGAAACGAAACGACCGAUAUAAAUAAAUCUUAAAUUAACAAGCCUUCAUAUUUCGUCAAGGCUCGAUUAUCAGAGAAAAUAUGACAAAUGAUGGCAUGCCAAGAUGAUUGUUACUCUCCCUUAAAGUUUUCUCAGAUGAUGAAAACUUAGGAACUAGUCCAUCGUAAGAAAAUCACCAAAUGACGUAAGAUAAGGACUGAAUUAACGUCUGAAAAAGGAGAACAUCAUAAUACAAUAUCUGACCAGUAACAGUUACCGCCGCAGCAAGCAGCACUCACUUACCGUAUUUCCUCGAAUAAUAGCCUGGGACGAUUACAUUCUAACUAGAAGUUGUACCCUAAAUAUUUUGUUCUAUUUUCCCAUUAAAUAAAAAAAUAAUCACAUCAAAUAUACUGAAUAAACAUUGGCAUUUAAAGUGUUCCUUGAUUAAUUUUCAAAGUCAAUUGUCCUCUGCGUCAGAGCUUGAAUCGUCGAUCACUGAUCAGUUUUGCUUGAUUAGAUUCCACUUCAGCUUCAUCCUCAAAGUUUACCGCUAUGGAUAUCCCUUGCGGGUAACCUAAAGGGGUGGAGGGGGCGAGCGAUUAUUCGAGGGAGGCGAUUAUUUUAAACAUUUCCGUCAAAGGGGAGGGGGGCGAUUAAUCGAGCGGCGGCUAUUAUUCAAGGAAAUACGGUAUGUCACUGCAACGAAAAUUAAUUCCCGGCGAUGGAAGGUCGGUGAGAAAAAAUUUUAAUCGACUUUUUUGUGGAUCCUCUUUGUAUGUAAAGAUUUUUUGCUGCUUAUCUUUUUCUGAAGAAACAACAGCAAGUUCUCUAUUUACCCCAACAACAACGGCAACUGCUCAAGCUUCUCCUACAACAGCAACAAUUGUUCCAACUUCAACAAUCGCUCAAGCUGCAUCAACAACAACGAGAGUGACGAGUGAUCUGUCAACAACUGCUCCAACUGCUCCGAUAACAACAGUUGUUCCAACUUCGACAAUCGCUCAAGCUGCAUCAACAACAACGAGAGUGACGAGUGAUCUGUCAACAACUGCUCAAACUGCUCCAAUAACAACAGUUGUUCCACCUUCAACUAUCGCUCAAGCUGCGAGAGCAACGACAACAACUGCUCAAACUUCAACAGCAACAGCAACCACUCCAACAACGAAUCCUUACGACUUCAGUGGGGUAAGCCAAGAAGUUACGAUUCUUUCUUUCCUUUCAAAUAUAUCUUGACGCUCCUGUUACGUUAUUGCUCGCUAUUUUUCCAUGUCAGAGUGGAGUUGUUCUUAUCGCCCCGAGCGGUAAAGGUGUAGUUGCAUGGAUGCGUGGUAACUCAGCUGCCAGACGCGAUUUUUUAUUUGCUAAAUUAGCUCUCUGCACGCAGGACAGAUAUUGAAACCAAUGUAGAAGUUUAAACUCCAUUUGGUGUGCUCUACGACCGUGCGAACUAGAAAUAAAACAUUGAAUGGUUCCGUCUGAACGAGACGUCCCGUCACAUUUUUCAGCCAGUAGAAGUAGAUUCGUCCGUUGGUGUGUAAAAGUAACCUUAGGCAGGGGUGGAUCUAGGAUAAAUACUGACCGAUUUUCUAAUUGAGUGCCUAAGGCGCAAGCUAUAGGGGGUUCGGUGGCAUACAGCCGCCUGGUAAGCUCUGUUGGGAGAGCGCCGGUCUGCUGAGCGGAAGGUCGCGGGUUCAAACGCCGGCCGGACAAAUAAUCAAGGUCUUUAAAUAACUGAGAAGAAAGUGCUGCCUUUGUAAUGACAUCUACAAAUGGUUAGACUUUCUAGUUUUUUCGGAUAAGGAUGAAAAACCGUAGGUCCCGUCUCACAGCACUUUCACUGAUCUGUUCUUGUGGGACGUAAAAGAACCCAAACCACUGUUCCAAAAGAGUAAUGGACGCAGACCCAGGUGGUGUGGCCAAAGUCGUUGCUUAAAAAGUUCCCUGAAGUCAAUUUUGAAAGCCGAGCUGACGAGACGUUACCCAACUCGACCCAGGCUUUCGACUUUCAGGCUAAAAGACCAUUGCACUACUGACAAAGCUAGACAAAGGCAGUUCAUGAGCGACUAAAGGUCAUGUUACACGGGACGAUUUGAAAUGUGACGACGAUUUUAAGCGCAACACAGUUUCGAAUAGCUGCAACAUUGUUCCUUUAUUGCAACACUGUGUUCCGCUAAAAAGCGUCGUUGCAAACCGUCCCGUGUAACGUCACCUUAAGAUAACACUUAGCUAGAGUUUCAUGGAACCCAGGGUGAAAUUAUGGCUAUUCCGCAGUCGUAGUCGUGUAAUCGUUGCCACGGUAUUUGUCGUUGAAUUACAUGAAUACUAUCUUUCCCUUUGACAAUUCAGAAUCAGAAUAAUUCCAUGUUCAAAACAAGCUAAAACAUGCUUACCUCCGUCGAUGUUAACCAGUGCAUGUUGAUCGGGAAGUUUAGGAUAUAAAGGGCUGUUUAGGUCCGCAAACAUACUCCAAAUAGCAGAUGUCGUCCGUCCAGUUGUCUUCUUGUGGUUCUAGCUAUGUCUGUAGAAAACGUUCGCCGUGAAACGAGUAAAAUGUUCCUCCAUUACUCACUUCGAAAACAACUCAAACGCGUCCCCAGGUUUUCUCGGUUAACGGUUGAAUAAACUGCAACUUUGCUGCACUUUUGACGUCAUCCGUUCAAUUGGGGAGCAGGGUUGGUGUAGUGGUGAGAGCGCUCGCCUUCCACCAAUGUGUCCCGGGUUCGAUUCCCGGACCCGGCGUCAUAUGUGGGCUGAGUUUGUUGGUUCUCUACUCUGCUCCGAGAGGUUUUUCUCCGGGAACUCCGGUUUUCCCCUCUCCUCAAAAACCAACAUUUGAUUUGAUUUGAUUUAUUUGAUUUACAGUCUCCCCAAUUAGUACAGCACUCGUGCUCGGCUAGAAUGAUUUGAGACUCAAAUAAAGUUAUUAUUAUUAUUAUUAUUAUUAUAUGGGAAAGUUCUUCCAAACUGGAUCAACAGCAACUGGUUUUGAUAAAUUAUGCGUGUGAUUUUAGCUAAUCAGAAACGGAGAAAUAUUUUAAAUGAAUAAUAAUUACUAUUAUCGAUUGUUUUAAUAGAUUCUAUUUUUCUGAUUUUAUUUUUGUGUGUUUUAAUCACGGUAGGAGUAUAGGAAGCAAAAUAUUAAGAGGCAGAAACUACUUCUGAAUUUUUUAUUCGUUUGAGCUCCAAUUUUGCACGAUGGUAGAACUUUGUAGUCCAAAAAAUCCUGGGUUUUUGUUUUUCGAUUUUAACGUUUUUUGGCGGGAAAAUGACUUUACAAGAUUGACCGCAAAAUAUAAAUUUCAAGCUAUGGAAAAACAAAUAAAUAAUUUUGAAAGAGCGUGACGUGAUAGAAAGAAAUGUGAAAAGAAUUUUGGAAAAGUUCAAUUGCUUUAGGAGAUAUAGCAUCGUGAAAUGUACUUAUGUUUCUAAAAAUAGUAACAAAAUGGCGGGAAAUUAAAAAAUCAAAGCCUCACAAGUCUUUAACCAAUUGAGUCUUUGAAAAAAAAAAUUCACAUUCUAUUCUAUCGCGUUCUGCUUUUUUAAAAUUUUUUAUUUGUUUUGCUAUAUCUUGAAAUUUUAAUUUUGCUGUUAAUCUUGAGGCGUCAUUUUCCCGCCAAAAAACGUUAAAAUCAAAAAACAAAAAACAUAGGAGUUUUUGGAAUACAAAAUUCUACCAUCCUGCAGAGUUUAAGCUCAAAAAAAAAAUGCAGAAGUUUUCCUACCUCGUAAUAUUUUGCGUCCUAUACGAACAACCGCGAAUUAAGUUUUACUUAGUCUUUUUUUUUUCCAUUCAACUGAAAAAGACUAUAAUUUCUUUUCCACAAAUCAGGCUUGGGAGAACUUUACAAUCCCAGAAAAUCCAGGGGGCGCAUGGAUUCUUAUCGCCAGAUUUUCCAACAGUGACGAUAAGAACUGGAUGCGAGACGAUGGACACUGGUGGUAUGACCAAAAUGUCCCCAUAGGAACACCUGAUCCGUCAGUCAAUGCUGACAUGAUCUCACCAGCCUUCUGGUUGGCCAGCGGCAACGAUUUUAAGAUCACUCGUAGUGAUGACUCCAGUCACAUGCCACUUUUGCGGACUACAGAUAACUGUCUGGGUGGACAAACAUUCCGCUCAAAAAUCACAAGUUAUGGCGACUUUAGAAACGGCACGGUGUGGUCCAAUGACACAUGCCUGGGAAGAUGCACGAUUCAGUAUGCUGGUCAGUACUAUUCAACAGACGGGUUUGAUCUGGCUGGGUGCGGUGGUGAUCUGCAACCCAACAACAAGAUCGGCUUCUGGUGUCACUGGGGUUUUGGUGAUGGGUCCGUCAUGAUGAUUGGUGGAGGAGGAGAGUACUGUGCACGUGCUGAUCACGGGAUUGGAAUAACAGAAGCUAACUAUGCUUCUUUUGUUGAACAAAGCAGCACUCAAACUGAAUAUGAUUUUGGAUACGAUGCUAAGGUACAAAAUGCUCCAACCCAUAGCUACGCUUUAAACCUAUGGAUCCUUUGGUCCCACUAGAUAUCAAGUUGUAACGUGCUUUAAGUUGCAUCUUGCAUUUUCUUUUUGCUCUCUGGUUGGUCUGAUAAACAGCAAACAAGGUUCACGUUUUGUCGAAUAGUACUUGUAAGGUAUUUAUAUCAAUUUCUACUUUGCUUAUGAAGUACAAGAACCGCAAGCGCGGAGGUUUAGAUAUUAAGGAUAGUUCGUAGGAUUUUGUAGAACUCUUUUGUUUACUAUAGCAUAUAAAAACUCCACAAUCAGAAAAGCUUUUUAAGGAUUUAAACUUGCUAGCCAUACCAUUCCAUUUUAAAGCCCCACGUUUUACUUUUCGAAGACUCUGCCUUAAAAACAGUGCAAAAUAGCAAGAAGUAAACAAAAGAAGACAAUUGAAUUAGCGCAAAAUAGUGCGUAGUAUAAGACUACUACCUGUUUCACGAGUUAUUAGUAAAAUCCCUCCGCUAUCAUAACAGAAAGCCAUUCUAGGUGGGUACAUUUUAACUUUUUCCGAUUCACUGCUGCGAUUUGGCUUAAUAGACCUUAAUACUCCGUCGCUUUGUUGUUAAAAGUUUUGAAUGAUCCCAGUCAGAUGAUCACAUUCGUCGUACUCUCACAUUGACAUGGUACUACUGUGUUGUCUCGUUGUCAGUCUAACAGGGUCCCUUCCCCUCUUUAAUUCUCUGCUCGAUGCAUUUUCACAGGCACAAGAUUAGUUUCGUAUCCCCAUUCCAGACAUAAAGUGAUACGAACCCAGUUUAAGAGUUGGAACCUGAAGUGAAAUAGCGGAUCUAUCCUCUUGUGUUUAGUCACGAAGAAAGACUCAGGAUAAUUUGUUUAUGGCCAGGUAAAACAAUCAAAAGAAGCUUAUGUGUUGUAAAAAUUAGAAUCCAACUGAGUCCAAGGCGUAUGUGAUACGACCGGUCGCCAGAAACAGGAGGUUUUGAAGUUUUUUCUAAAAUCAGUAGCAAAGAAAUGUAUGUUAACUUGCUGCUAUCGAUUGAUCGUCAUAAACAAGAGGUUUUGACGUGAAAUAAGUAGAAAGGAUAUAAUUUAACUUGCUGCGUCCUUAUGUUUAACAAAGAUUAAGUCGUGUUUAGUUGAAACACAGUUGAAAAGCCGGUUUAUUUGAUACCUGCCUCACUCCCUAGAUCAGUGCCAAAGUUUCUCUGAUAGUAUCAGCCAACAUAUAUUUUCCUCUGGAAUUUUAAUUUUACACUACUGAUAUUAUUAUAUUCACACUGUUGAUAAUAAAGUUCAGAAUAUAAGGUGCAAACUAAAGCUGUCAAGCCAUCGGCCAAAAGUUUGGCACGGUUCAGACGCCAAAUUUUUCUAUGAGCCGAACCUAAUUCGAAUUAAGGCCGACCCAAAUUAUUAAGACCGGCUGAAUUUCGGUCAAACUGCGUACAAAAUGCGUUAUAAUAAUUUAUGCUUUAGGCUCGGUACAUGAAAAGUUCGGCGUCUGAAUCAAAGCCGCUCCAAAGUCGCUCCAAAGGCGAAAUCCCCGGCAGGGCUAGGCGAAAAGAACGGCUGAGCCGUCCCAAAUUGAAAGAGGCGUUCCUAAUUGAUUCAGACACCGAACUUCUCAUGUACUUAAUUCAACGUAUUAGGUUCGGCUCAUGAAAAGUUCGGCGUCUGAACCGGGCCUAAAGCAAUCCGCGGGGAAUUUAACGGAUUCUGUAUCAUAAAAGAAAUUAUUAUCCAUUUAAAAUAUUUCCCCGAUUCUGAUUGGCUAAAAGCACACGCAUAAUUAACCAUAACCAGCUACUGACGACCAAAUUUGGAAAAAUUUUGAACUUAAUGAACUGAUGACGUCAAAAGUGCAGCGUUCUUGCAUGUUAAUGGACCGUUAACCGAGAAGACCUAGGGACGAGGUUGUGUUAUUUUUGGCAGACAAACAUGCGAAAUGGCUGCGAGUAGGUUUAUAAGUUUGAGCGAAGAAAUUACCCAGUUACUUAACGAUAAAGACAGUGAGAAUACCAAUUAAAAGUUGACGAGACACCAUCGCUUAAUUUUUGAGUCGUACCUCAAGAAGAAAAACAUCACAAAUCCUUCAACUGCAGUGGAUUUAGCGUCAGUUCAACGAACGUUUUACGUCGCGGCGAGAAAGAAAGAUGGACAGAUGUACUCAGGACCUCCCUUUGUUCCAUCAGAUUUGCUUUGUGUAGACACUUCAAACAAGAACUAAAUAUAGACAUUAUAAAGGAUAUGGAAUUUAACGAAGCCAACCGAGUAUAUUCAAGGCCGACCCAGAUCCUGGUCGGAUGAGUCGCUGUACGGUGUUGCCUAUGCUAAGAAAAGAAAAACGUAUCUGGAAUUUACAUAUUUUGGUGGAGAGCCCGGGUAACGCAAAUCAAAUGAAGCGUGCCGAUUUUAAUUGUUCAUCUCUCCACCUUUGGAUGACCCUGCCGAGCUGUGCAUUCAUGAGUCUGAUAUUCCAAAUGAGUGUUUUGAGCCAAUUUUUGAUGAAGCGAAACCUAAACACGUUGAAUUACAUCCAGCUACCCUGAGGUUUCUCUUUUGCAUGGCUUUUAGCGUUUACGAAGUAAUUCGCGUGGCUUGUCUGUCGCGUAGUUGGUUUGUUUACUCUUCGUGAGAAACCUGUGCUGAGAAAUAGUUUGGAUAAAGCGAUUUUGAAAAUCAUCCACGUUUCGUUUUCCGGAAAUCAUUAACCAUCCACUUGUUCGGAAAUGGGGCGAGUAAAAUUCGUUUUGAGUCAGCGUAAAUUUUUUUUCAGGUGAUAAAAUUUACGUCAUUAUCUCUACAGCAACGAAUUAUUAAUCUGGUGCAUGUUCAACGGAAAUCACAAGCGGCUUGCUGCAGAGGUUUCUCACGGCGAGUAAACAAACCAACUACGCGACAGACAGCAGCUGAGACAAGCCACGCGAAUGACUUCGAAACGCUAAAAACCAUGCAAGAGAAAAACCUCUGCUCGCAGGGUACAUUCAGCUGUCAAUGAAACAUUUCGACAGCCUCAGUAAGAAAAAGAAUCAAACAAAGAAUCAUGCCUGACUUUUCGGUGGCUGAUACUGACCUUUAACGUUAAUUUGCAACUAAAUAAUAAUUUCCACUUAUCUACAGCUAUUUUGUACUUCUUAAUGCCUAUUUUUAUGUCAGGGGUGCGAAAUUUCUCGUCCUUUUUGUAGCUCUCAUCGACAGCCACUGUGAAACUUCUCCGCCACUUCUACGCUACCCUUUCCAUUGUUCUCGUCAAAUAACUUUUUCUAUUUAAUAAAAUCCACUUUCUUUUCGAUAAAUCGGCGAGGGUUCGUAUAUGAGAUGGAAAUCCAAAUUCUUGCUCAUUUCAAACACUAAAAUAAGUCAAUCACCUGGAACUGCGGGGUCCCAAUGAGAAACAGAUCCGGACCACUGGGGUGCGUGCAAUGUAGCCCCUGAUUAGCCCUGAUUUAAAACCAGAAAUUAAGGUUACCAGACCGCUUAGAAGCAUCAGGAAAAAAAAACAAGAACAAACACAGCAUGUUACUUAACAGUCGACAGAAGAAAACAGAAUUCUAGAAAGGUAAGUUAAAACAUUCUGUUUGGUUUCUCAGAGUACCUUUCAGAAAGGGUCGAUUGCACUGAAAAAAAGAAAACAAUUUAAAGAAACCGAUCAAAUUAGGUUUUAUCAUUGUAUAAAUUCAGGAUUGAAAAACUUCACAUAGAGAUUACGAAAGUAUCAAAAGUCGAGCUAUUAACAAGGAAACAUCAACGGCACAUCAGCUUACUUUAGAGGACUUAAAAAGCUUAGCCGGCUGUAAAGUACUAAACUUAGAAAAAAGAUCAGAAUUCCGGACCGCUGAGAAGACUGUACCUUUCAAUUGUAUCAUGUUUGCAUUUCAUGAAUUUAAAAUCAGCGGCUUAAAUAACGAGAUGGCUUAACUCUCGCUUGGUCUUGGGUUGUCGGAUGAAGAAACCAUCCGCAAAGGAACUAUAUUUACCUAAGCAAACUUUUAAUUUAUAUAAUAAUAAAAACUGGAUUUGAUCUAUCAAUGGUAUAAAGUUUGCUUCAAAUAUCGCGGUCAGUAAUUACCUUCAUUAUAAAUAGCAAUCUUGACUUCAGGUCGCAGCAUACUAUAAGAUUAUAAAAAUACAUGUACAGUACUUGAGACUAAUCUGAAUUUGGAUCGGACGACCCUUCCAGAAAUUAAAGAACACAGUCAAAUGAAACAUAAACAAUAUGCGUAGUUACGAAUGGCUUCCUGAGCCUUCAAAUUCCGUCUUGCACUAAAGAAAAUUUCUUUCCAAGACUAAAAACUAACGCAGCGUUAGAGUGCCAUUUUGGAUCGUGCUAAGCAGGUUGACCCUACAACCUACAUGUCACAUCAUUCAGUCCAAACUGGCGGCAAAUUCAGGUGGCCGGGAAGUUUUAAUUACUAUGUUUGACUGAGUGGUUAUCCAACUACUUGAGUUUCCAGCCAAUAUGCACGGAAUGUUGUCACUCAGGCUAACAAGGUCCAGCUGCGAGGCAUGACUCGAAAUUGCGACUUACCGUGAUGUAUUUUUACAAUAGAUUUGAAUGCAGUGGAACGGUUGGUAAAUAAAAAGAAUUUACAUCUUUGUACUUGUGAAUAGAAAUUUGUCUAACUGGUCAACACCUGAGACAUUGUUUUGCUUUUGUUUUGUUUUGUUUUGUUUUUUUGUCAUUGUCUAGCAGGUGAUUUCUUGAAUCAGAGUAGUAGGAUGUCCCUGGCAUUGUUUACGAUUUGCUUAAUAUCCCGGAUGUAUGGAGCUGAGGCCGCGAAUGGGCAAUGCAAGCCUGUUGAAAGAUCAGUAUCUGGUAAAACUCUCAGGGGUCACACAUUUAAAGAACUUGUAGUAAAAGCGCCUUUUGAAUGUCAAAAUAUCUGUGAAAACGACCCCAGAUGUGCAAGCUACAACUACUUCAUUCCAGGAAGAGUGUGCGAGCUUAACAGCAAAACCAAGGAGGCAAAACCCGACGAUUUUGUGACAGAUGAACAAAGAUUCUAUAUGAAACGUGAAAGUACGAUUAAUUGUCAUUUUCAGUUUAUUAGUGUUAGUUAAAAGGAGAGAGCCUACGUUUACAAGGCGUAGUCAAACCUGACUUGGGGACAAAAUUGCAAAAAUUUACGACUUAUUCCAUUGUCACGUAAUUUCAAGAUCAGGAGAUACUUGAACACAAAAGAAAUUAGAGGAAAUGUAAACUGUUCAAAUAUGAGCAGAAAGUCUUGAUGCUUGUUACAAUUUUGAUUUAUUGAACUACGAAAAGACCGAUAUUAAUUAAUCUUAAAUUAACAAGCGGUAUGUGAGCACAAAUUAAUUAUAACUUUUUAUCGUGACCCCCAGAGAAAUGGUUCUUUCAAAUAUCGCCCUUAUACAUAUGUAUGUUUAUGGAAAGAAUGGUAAAAUUAAUUACGUGGUCUGAAUUGAGAAAUCUAGACAUAAAAGGCUGAGAUGGAUGGUGGAGCCUUUUCAUUAGAGCUAUUAAUGCAAGGCUCCAUAUUUUUUCAAGGAUCGAUUACGAGAGAAAAUUUGAGAAAUGAUAACAUGCGAAGAUGAUUGCUACUUUAGCCCUAAGUUCUCCUAGAUGAUAAUAAUUUAGUAACUGAUCCAUCUCAAGAAAAUUACCAAAUGACGGAAAAGAUAAGGCCGAACUGAAAUAACGACUAAAAACCAAACCACUGCACCUGAUAGCCAACUAGUAACACAGUUUUCGAAGCAGCAAGACGGCACUCACUUCUUAUUUGGCGGCGAUGAAUUUUAAUAAAGGUUCCCCUAUAUGGGACUACACGCCCAUCCCAAUGAACCGUUAGUGAGAACAAAAUGUCUGAUCGACCUUUUUUUGAACUCUUUUUGUAAGUAACUUUUUUUUGUCGGUUAUACUUAGCUCAAGAAACAACAGUGAGUUCUCUAUUUACCCCAACGACAACAACAACAACAGUUGUUCCAACUUCAACUAUCGCUCAAGCUGCUUCAACAACAACAAGAGCGACGACGACAACUGCUCAAACGGCUCCAAUAACAACAAUUGUUCCAUCUACAACAACCGCUCAAGCUGCUUUAACAACAACAAGAGCGACGACAGCAACUGCUCAAACUGCUCCAAUAACAACAGUUGUUGCUACUUCAACAAUCGCUCAAGCUACUUCAACAACUAGAGCGACGACAACAAUUGCUCAAACUUUAACAGCAACAACAACUGCUUCAACAAUAAACACUUACGACUUCAGUGGGGUAAGCCAAGAAGCUACUAGUCAUUCUUUCCUUUCAAAUAUAUCUUGUCGCUCCGAUUAUUGUCCGCUAUUUUUCAUGAGGGUGGAGUUGUUCUUAUUGCCCCGUACGGCAAAUUAAGGUGUGGUUGCAUGGAUACGCGGUAACUCAGAUGGGAGAUGCCUUUUUUUAUUAGUGCUAAAGUAGCUCGCUGUACACGGGACAGAUAGUGAAACCAACUAAUGAAGAAAGUUUAAACUCGAUCUGAUGCCCCACGUCCGUGUGAACUAGAGCGGAAACAUUGAAUGGUUCCGUGUGAACGAGAUGUCCCGUCAAAUUUUUCAGCCAGUCGAAACAGAUCUGUCCGUUACUGUGUAAACGUAGCCUUAGCCUUUAGGUUAUGUUUACACUAUACAGGAUAGGUUUUGCUCUGGUACGAAAACGAUACUCUAAAGGGCUUCUGUUCACACACAAGAACGAUGAUAUCGGCUCGAUUUCUGUGACGGAGCGAAGCUGCACAGCGCCGAUUUCCAAAGCGGAGAGUCACAUAUCGGAUAGGUGUUCAUACUGUACCGGAUAGAUUUUGCUCCGGUACCAAAACCAUAUCCUAGGAUGGGGCUUGUGUUCAUACAUAACAACAGUGGUAUCGGCGCUAUUUCUGUGACGGAGCGAAGCGGCACCGCGUCGAUCUGUAAAGCGGAGAGUCACAUAUUGGAUGGGUGUUCAUACUAUAAUACCGGCACGAGAACUAUCCGGUAUAGUACAAGUGUGAUCAUAGCCUUAGGCGGUUUAGCAUGUGCAUCACGCAUUUUCGAACAUUUUAUUCCCGUCAUUGCACGACCACAACUUGCGGCAUGACCGACACUUCUUGUUAACACAAACGAUUUUCUUUCUUCUUUUAAACUUAGAAUCAGUCCUUUAGAAUUAAACUCAGAAAAAUUCAACAACAUUUGACAUAAUAUCGUUCGAAAAGGAAUAAGAGCGAAGAAUUUUGGAACAGAAUUUUAAGUGACGUUUUCACCACCUUUGUCGUCGUCGUUCCUCGUUAAGUUCCCUGAAGUCAAUUUUGAAAGCCGAGCAGACGAGACGUUACCCACCUCGACCCAGGCUCCUGACGUUGCUGUCACCUAUACUUUCGGGCAACCCUUGCUUUAAGUUUGUCUUUAAAGACCAUUGCGCCACUGACAAGGCUCGAGCUGUCUUCUUCCUGUUCUUGCUAUAUUUGUAGACAAUAGUUCGCCGUGAAACGAGUAAAAUGUUCCACCAUUACUCACUUCGAAAACAACUCAAACUCGUGUUAGGUCAGGUCAGGUCCCCAGGUUUUCUCGGUUAGCAGUUCAAUAAUCUGCAGCCGUCGGCUUGGCUUCACUUUUGACGUCAUCCGUUCAAUUCUCCCAAAUUUGAUAGCUGGUUAUGAUAAAUUAUGGGUGUGAUUUUAACCAAUCAGAAACGGAGAAAUAUUUUGAAUGAAUAAUAAUUGCUAUUAUCGAGUGUUUUCUUAGAUUCUAUUUUUCUGAUUUUAUUUUGUCUGUGUGUUUGAAAGACGUUUUACUUAGUUUAAUCCCCUUCUACUGAAAAUGGCUAUAAUUUCUUUUCCACAAAUCAGGCUUGGGAGAACUUUACAAUCCCAGAAUACCCAGGGAGCACAUGGAUUCUUAUCGCCAGAUUUUCCAACAGUGACAAUAAGAACUGGAUGCGAGACGAUGGACACUGGUGGUAUGACCAAAAUGUCCCCAUAGGAACACCUGAUCCGUCAGUCAAUGCUGACAUGAUCUCACCAGCUUUCUGGUUGGCCAGCGGCAACGAUUUUAAGAUCACGCGUAGUGAUGACUCCAGCCACAUGCCACUAUUGCGGACUAAAAAUAACUGUCUGGGUGGACAAACAUUCCGCUCAAAAAUCACAAGUUAUGGCGACUUUAGAAACGGCACGGUGUGGUCCAACGACGCAUGCCUGGGAAGAUGCAUGAUUCAGUAUGCUGGUCAGUACUAUUCAACAGACGGGUUUGAUCUGGCUCGGUGCGAUGGUGAUCUGCAAGCCAGCAACAAGAUCGGCUUCUGGUGCCACUGGGGUACUGGUGAUGGGUCCGUCCUGAUGAUUGGUGGAGGAGGAGAUUUCUGUUCACGUGCUGAUCACGGGAUUGGAAUAACAGAAACUAACUAUGCUUCUUUUGUUGAAGAAAGCAGCUUCGAAACUGAAUUUGAUUUUGGAUUCGAUGCUGAAGCACAAUAUGCUCCAACCCAGAGCUACGCUUUAAACCUAUGGAUCCUUUGA